AUGUUCCGAUUCCUCACUUUGCUAGUUGCAGUCUCGCUCAUCUGCCUGUCAUCGGCAGUCCCAGUGGUGAAGCGUGCGGCAUUGAGCCAAGUAUCUAACUUCGGACCAAACCCAGCCAGUAUUAGGAUGUACAUCUACGUCCCGGAUGCUGUUGUUCCUUCACCUGGAAUUGUGGUUUCCCUCCAUGGUGCUUCAGGCAAUGCCCAGCAACAAUUCUCGUCUACCCCAUACGCGACUUUGUCGGAGACAUACGGCUUCAUCGUCAUCUAUCCAGAGUCCCCACAGGGCGCAUGGGAUGCAACUUCCUCCAAGUCACUUCUUCAUGACGGCGGCGGUGCCAGCCAGUCCAUUGCCAACAUGGUGAAGUACACCACUAGCACCUACAGUGCCGAUACGAGCAAAGUGUUUGUGUCUGGGAUCUCUUCUGGCGGGUCCAUGGCGAACACGAUGGCAGGCGCAUACCCAGACAUCUUCAAGGGAGCAAUUAUCUACUCGGCAGGUUCCACGGGCAACAUCAGUAAGAUGUAUCCGGGUUACACUGGCAGCUAUCCAAAGGUCCAGACAUAUUUGGGCUCCGAAGACACCAUCAUUGGCUCAUCGUCCUUCAACACGACACUUGCUGCUUGGAGUUCAGUCCUGAAGUAUGAUACUACCCCGGAUCAGGUCCUUGUGAAUACCCCGAUCAAAGAUUACACCACGUAUGUUCUUGGGAGCAAGCUGGAGGGUGUUUGGGCUGAGGGGGUCGGCCAUCCUGUUCCCAUUCAGGGUGAUAGUGACAUGGAAUGGUGGGGCUUUGCCUGA